CACAUAAACGAAACACACGAUAAUUUUCAAAUUUCAUUAACAAGAAACAAAACCGUAUCAUUUUGCAUUAAUAAUUAUGAACUAUUUGCAAAUUAAAGACGGACAAUACACAAAAACUAUUUACACGAUGAUAAAAGAAGCAAGGUACGAAGACGCUAUCAAAGCACUAAAUGACGCUAUAAAUUUCAAUCCGAACCGAGCUGGUCUGUCGCUCCUUGGUUUCUGCUACUACAGGACACAGGCCUUUGUUGAAGCAGCAAACUGCUACGAACAACUGACAGCCAUGCAUCCAGACGUGCCAGAAUACAGACUGUAUUUCGGCCAAGCUCUGUAUGAAGCAUCCAUGUUUGAAGAAUCAUUCAAAGUGACAAUGCAAAUCAAUAAUCCGGAACUAGAAAGGAAGGUUAUCAAACUCCAAUCUGCUAUUAAGUACAGUGAAGAUGACACUGCCACGGCGAAAGGACUUGUAGACUCGUACCCUCAAGACGACCCCGAUAAGGAUAUUAAUUUGGGUUGCUUGCUUUUUAAAGAAAACCACUUUGAAGAAGCUCUGCAAAAGUUCUCGAGGAGUCUUAACGUUGUGGGCUUUAACGCGCACUUACAUUAUAAUAUAGCUGUUUGUUAUUUUAAACUUAAAGAGUUUCCGCAAGCUUUAAAACACAUCACAUUGGUGAUAGAAAGAGGGAUCCGUGAUCACCCUGAGCUGGCGGUUGGAAUGCAAGCUGAAAUAUCUGAAGUUAAAUCAGUCGGCAAUACUUUGACGCUUCACGAAACGGCAUUAACCGAGGUGUUUAACCUAAAAGCGGCCAUUGAAUACCAGCUAAAGAACAUCGAUUCAGCGAAGGAAGCGCUUAACGAUAUGCCACCAAGGCACGAACACGAGUUGGACGCAGUCACUCUCCACAACAUGGCUCUGACGUCCAUCGACGUGAAACCGACUGACGGCUUUGAGAAACUACAUUUUCUGCUCCAACAAGAACUCUUUCCACCCGAAACAUUCGCAAAUUUAUUGCUUCUUUACUGCAAAUUUGAGUAUUAUGAUUUAGCAGCUGAUGUCCUGGCCGAAAAUGCCCAAUUCACAUAUAAAUAUCUAACACCAUACCUCUAUGAUUUCUUGGAUGCUAUCAUAACGAGCCAAACCUCACCAGAAGAAGCAUUUCAAAAGUAUGAAGAUAUAGCUUCUAAGCAUGCUGAGCAACUACGCAAACUAACCAAGAUAGUGCAAGAGAGUCGAUCUCAAGGUGACAACGAUCAAGUCAAAAAAGCCGUUGUGGAAUACGAAGAGGCUUUAGAACGUUAUAUUCCCGUAGUAAUGGCUCAAGCUAAAAUAUAUUGGGAUAAGGAAAACUAUGGACAAGUCGAGAAAAUAUUUCGAAAAUCAGUCGAAUUCUGCAAUGAUUCCGACGUGUGGCGUCUAAAUGUAGCUCACGUGCUAUUUAUGCAAGAGAAUAAAUACAAGGAGGCUGCCAGUUUUUACGAACCAAUCGUUAAGAAGCAGUACGACAAUAUUCUAGACGUAAGCGCAGUUGUUUUGGCCAAUCUUUGCGUUUCUUACAUAAUGACGUCACAGAACGAAGAAGCGGAAGACAUCAUGCGCAAAAUAGAGAAAGAAGAAGAGCAGCAAAUAUUUGAAGAUCCACAAAAGAAGUUUUUCCACUUGUGCAUUGUUAAUUUGGUUAUAGGCACAUUGUAUUGCGCUAAGGGUAACUACGAAUUCGGUAUUUCUAGAGUCAUCAAAUCGCUUGAACCAUUCAACAAACGGCUCGGUACUGAUACGUGGUUUUACGCAAAAAGAUGUUUCCUUUCUUUUCUGGAGAAUCUAGCAAAACAUUUGAUUGUAGUCAAAGAUAAUACUAUCAAAGAUUGUUUACUGUUCCUCGAAGGCUGCGAAGCGUACGGACGCAAAGUUAGCACGGUGAUCGAGAACCCGUUCCAAGAGGAAGAUGCAAAUACAAAGGCAAAACACACUGUGACAUAUGAAGCUAGAUUAUUAAGGUACAUGUUUUAUAAGUUGCGUCAUAUUGAUGAUUCUGUAACUAUAAACAAAUAUGAAGAUUUGAAGUAAAUAACGCAUUGUUUUAGUUUUUAAGUGUAAAGUAAUAAAAUGUA